GGAAAUGAUUUUUGUAAUAUGAUUCGAAAUAAAUUUCGUUUAUAAGCAUUUUAUGAAGAUAAAUACUAAUAAUAUGAGUAAAAUAUUUCGCUUUCUCAUCGCACUGUGGCUGCAUACAAAUCUCGUGCUCUCAAGUAUUUUAAAAUAUGAUCCAAGCAUCCUUGAAGAUGCGCAACUGACAACAAUUGGUCUGAUUAGAAAAUACGGCUAUAAGGCAGAGGAGCAUAAGGUUGAGACCAAGGAUGGUUUUCGACUGACAGCUCAUCGCAUACCCAAACCGGGGGCACAGCCUGUGCUGUUGGUGCAUGGACUGGAGGAUAGUUCCGCCACCUGGGUCCUUACUGGUCCCUGCUGUGGUCUGGCCUAUCUGCUUAGUGAUCGUGGCUAUGAUGUUUGGAUGUUAAAUACUCGCGGCAAUCGUUAUUCCCGAAAACAUCGCAAGUAUCAUCCGUUGAUGCGUCAGUUCUGGGACUUUUCAUUUCAUGAGAUCGGCGUUUAUGAUAUACCGGCCACCAUUGACUAUAUGCUCGAUCGUAGUAAGGGUUACAAGCAGGUGCAUUAUGUCGGUCACUCCCAGGGCACGACCUCGGUCUUUGUCAUGGGAUCCGAAAGACCCGAGUACAUGAAGAAGGUCAAACUAUUGCAGGCUCUCGCUCCUGUGGCGUAUUUUGACAAUCUUAAUGCACCUUUUAUUCAACUUAUCAAGCCCUUUGCAAGAAGCCUAUUAAGCAUGAUUAAACUCUUUGGCAUUUAUGAGUUUCCACCGGAAAGAGAAGUUUGGAGCCGUUUGUAUUAUAAACUCUGUAGUUUUGCUUUUCCGAACACGUGUACUAACUUUUUAAUGCUAGUAAUGGGCCAGGAUUAUUCACAGUUCAAUCAGACACUCAUUCCAUUGUUUUCCAAGCAUUUUGUGGCUGGAUCUUCUGUCAAAUCCAUUGAGCACUAUACCCAAUUGAUUGAGCGAGGUGGCUUCUUUAAAUAUGAUUUUGGUAAUCCCAAAGUUAACAUUAAAAAGUAUGGCACCCGUAAUCCUCCAGCCUACAAGGUGGGCAAUAUCAACUGUAAAGUGGCUUUGUAUUAUAGUGAAAAUGAUCAAUUGACAUCCUUUAAGGAUGUGCAACGCUUGAGAAAACAAUUGCCAAAUGUCGUACACGAUGAGCUUUUGGCUUAUAAGAAAUUUAAUCACUUGGACUUUACUUUUGCAAUCGAUGCAAAAAAAUUGUUAUAUGACAGCAUGUUUAGAGUAAUGGAAAAGGUGGACAAGGGGGAACUUUAGCAGUAAAAUAAAAAUAUAGCUUAAAAAUAAAUAUAAUUAAAAUAGCAUA